AUGGCGGCGCCAUGGCAGAUGAAGGAGACGGAGAGCGAAGUUCGAGUGCUGGUGAAGAUGAAGAACGCAAAACCACCAGUUGUUACGAUACAAGGAUCAUUAGCUGAAGUUCGAGUCAUCAGCCACGCGGUCGACGUAAAGCCUCAGAAUGUGACGAUCACGUUCAAGAAGGCCUUGCCUUGCCUGUGGAACAAGUUGCCUACAAUUCUGGAUGGAAAGAGGGCCAAGACUGUCGCUAAGACGGUUGCGGUGGAGGCAGCGAGGGAGGUCGAGCCCUCCCAGGAGCUCCAAAGCUCCACCCCUCGCCCUCCCCCAGCUGCUCCCCCAGCGACCGAGAGGGAGGAGACGAUGCGCGAGCAGAAGACACAAGAGAGCAGGAAGAAGGAGACGGACCUGCAUCCUCUUCUCAUGGAGCAGAGGCAGCAAGUCAUAAGGAGCCAUUCUCUCAAGGAGCUUCAAGUCUCCAAGAUGCGCGAUAGCCUUCUCUCAAGCCUUCGCUCUGGACAGUUCGAGAAAGAAGUCGACCAGCUUCUCGCAGACAAGAUGCCCCAAGAAGUUCCGUCGACGAUGAGGGGCCUGGUGGUUCUCAACGCCCUCGACCAGGACGGCAACUCGCUUCUUCAUCACUGCGCCCUGCUCAAGGAAUGGCGAGCCAUGGCGGAAGCGGCUGAACGAGGAGCGAGCCCAUGGAUGAAGAACAAGGAGGAAGCCACGGCCCUCACGCUUAUCGAUCGACUUCACCCGACAGCCGCGCGUUUCAAGAAAGUUCUUUUAAACAAGUGCCACAAGUGGAGCUCGUUGAAUCUCGUGGCUAAGACCCCGAGUGAAGGCAACGACACGAUGAAUGAAGAUGAGAAGGAGUCGGGAUGCUGGGAGGAGGGAUUGGAUGUACAUCGAGAUGGUGAAGAUGGAGAUGCUGCUGCUGCUGCUGCUGCUGCUGCUGAUGAUGAUGAUGAUGAUGAUGAUGUCGUUGUUGAUGUUGUUGAUGAUGAUGAUGAUGUUGUUGUUGUUGUUGUUGUUGUUGAUGAUGAUGAUGAUGAUGAUGAUGAUGAGGAGGAGGAUGAAAGGAUUUCAAAGAAGGCAGCAGGCAAGAAGAAGAAGAAGAAGAAGAGCAAGGCGAAUGACGUGGAGGCUCUCGGUCGGAGGUUGGCCGACGCGCAAGCGAACUUGAAGACGCUCGACCGGAUGUCGGACGAGGCGCAAGCGCGACGGGAGCGAGCGGAGGCUGAAGUGAGCCUUGCCGGAUGCGAGAUUGAGGAGAUUGAGAGGAACAUAAAGCAACUUGAAGCCCUCAAGGCAAUCAAGUUGAAGCAUCUCGACGAUCUGACGAAAGAGAAACAAGAAGCAUCCAGGGUGGUGGAGGCGCAGGAGAAAAGGUGGGCCGAAGGAGUCGCAGAGGUCACGAGGUUGCGACAGCAGCUUGAAGAGGCUCGAGAGGGCGAAGGCAAGGGACAAGAGGAGGGAGACGCAAGAGAAGCGGAAGACACAAGGGGAGGGGCUGUGAAGGAGGUGAAGAACCAACGAAACAAGGACAGGAGAGACGUGGAGACGAGAAUCCAAGCCCCGAAAGGUCCUGUCAACGUCCAAAGCCAAGAGCUUGGGGCAGGAGGACAGCAAGGUGGUGGUGGUGGUGGUGGUGGAGGAGGAGGUGGUCAGCAAGGAGGAUACAAGCGAGUAGAGAUCAUCGAGUCCGACGAGGACAGCGAGGGGGAGGAGGAGGAGAAGGAAACAGGACAUCCGCAGGAGACGAGCUAUCAAUGGAAGGAUGGGUCCAGUGGCUGUGGCUGGAGCGGAGCGAUGUGA